AAGGUUAAAGCGAUUACAAUGCUUAGGAAUGGGGGACUGGUAGUAGAGCUAGAGUCUGAAUUGCUGGUGUCCUGGCUCAACAACCCAACAGGGAAGGCAGCAUUAGAAAGCAACCUAGACUUAGCAGUAUUGUUCUGUCGUCACACAUACCCAAUAGUAUUAGAAUACUUACCCAUUCAACUACAGAUAGAAAAUGAGGUCUUCCUGAAGCAAGUUGAGCAAGAAAACAACCUCCCAUUGAAUGUCAUAGCAAACAUCAGAUGGAUCAAGCCCCCUACAAAACAUUCUGUGGAACAAAGGAAGGCUUUUGCCCUAAUGCAGAUCACUGACAUCCACAUAGCAAACAACAUCCUU